UAUCUCGUCCGGAACUGGUAUACAUGUAUUUAAUCAUAUUUAUUUUUAAAAGGUGAUUUGGUUUAAACAACACAGGCUGAUAACCUAUUGACAGAAACUGGUCAUCGCAGACGUCAUAAUCAAUCCCUGUUCGAAUAUAGAUUAACUAGUCUUCCGUAAGAAUAACUAAAAUUGUGAAAUAUUUACAUUCAACUGGACGGGCAAGUUGACAAUCUCAAAUACCAUCACGUGACUAAAGUAUAUUUUGCAUUCAACUGAAUAUCUACAAAAGGAAGAUUCAGCUGUGGGAUAUUAGGAUUUUUGAUUUGUGAAGAACAGCCAUCAUGUCUCAAGGAGGUCAAGGAUAUCCAAUGCAUAAUUAUGCUCAACAACAGGGACCACCUGUGGUCUCCCAAACCAUAAUAACUACCAGACCUAGCGACUAUUUUGGGUGUGCUCUAUUCACAUGUCUGUGUUGUUUCUGGCCAACUGGUAUUGCCGCUCUGGUAUUUUCAUGUAACUCCAGGUCUGCAGCAGAUCGAAUGGAUUUUGCCCAAGCAGAGAACGAUGGACGAAUGGCCAAGAUCUUUUCAAUCAUCAGUUUAGUGAUUGGUCUGGUCUGGAUGAUAGCUGUUAUUAUAUAUGUGGUCGUCGUUUUUGUGGUCCUGGUUGACACGGUCAAUAAGGCAACAAACGACUAUUAUGCAUAAAAUGUGGAUCCCUUUUCUCAAAUACGAUGAUCAUUUGUCGUUUGUCAGUGGUGUUUCUUGGUCGGUGAGUGUGUGUGAGGGGGAGGGGGGCAUGGUGGUUUCCCGGAACUGGCCCAGUUGUAACCCCCCACCCAACACACACACAAUUUCAAAUUUUUAUCAGUUUAAAUAGGGAAAUAUGUGUCAGUAAGCCCCCAUUGACAAUUUUGUGGCCUCUACUCGACCCCCUUUUUUAUAGAAACGCCGUGAGAUAUUUCGCAAUAUAAAAUUCUACACUGACGACAAAUUUUGACCGUAAGAUUUUGAGAGACAUGGGUCUCGGAUUAUAUUCCAUGCAGCCAGGAACUAUUCUGUGAGAGCCUAUUAUACAUGCUCAUUUUUUAAUUAUUUUCAAGAUAACAUUUCUAUUGUAUAUUUGUUUGCUCCUAAAUUUAUUUCUUGUAAGAGAUACACUUAACAGCCCCCUCAAUUCAGACUAUUUCAAGCAAAUAACUCUGACUCUGGGUUAUAAAGCAAUAAGUAAUAAUAAUCACGCAAUGGAUGAAAUGACACUUACUAGUAUGAUAUUACAAUUGGUAUACAUACAAUUAAUUUGUAAUAGUUAAUAUUUUGUAUCUUAUUUUUUUGUAAUAAAAUUGUUUUAUAUAU